UGUCAUGCGAUGCGCACUUUACGAUCGUGUCGGUUCCCGUGCUCUGUACGGUACUGCGUGCGAGAAGUGAAUCUAGCAGCACCACCCUGCGUUACCGGAGGGGAAGCCCUAUCUUUUGAAGCAAGGGAAUCUGAAGUGUCCUCGUGACUUUCUGAAAAGGGUUGCUGAAUCUUUCGUCGUCUUUCGAGCGACUCCACCAAAAACCUGUAACUCGUCAACGCCAACGAUGAGAGCUGCUCUCGGCAUCACAAAUUCGCUGUCAUCGGUGUCCAAGUUCAUUUCGGACUGGACACCAUGGGCGAUGUUGGUGACGUACGGCACCUUCAGCUUCUUUGCCUUCGUCGCCAUGCCCGAUGAAGCCCACAGCAUUGUUUGGUACAUUCUCGCUCUCUUGCAGACUUUUGUUACCUUGACUGUCCUCACCGAAGCGCUUCAAUCGGUUCAACCGAACGUUCAGGCUCGUCGUCAACUACGAAAAUCAAUACGUCAGCAGGACUAUCCGGAGCUCGACAUCAGGCAAUGCCCGCACAUUGACCUCUGCAUUGUCGCUUAUCUUCCCAACGAGCGAGACAUCAUCGUGCAGCAGGUCAAGUACGCGGCAAGGGAGAUCAACUACCCGAAGAACAAGUUCACCGUUAAUGUCGUCUACAAUACUCCUCACGAGAUCCAGCCUACGGAAUCGGACCUUGAAGCACUCCAGCGGCAAGACAAGAAUGUGCGCAUCGUCAAAGUUCCAAAUUCCAAGUCAAAGGCGGCCAAUAUCAACCAUUUCCUGUCGCUCCCAGACACAAAGGGCGACAUCAUCACAGUGUUGGACACGGACCAUUUUUGCGAGCCCAACGCACUCCGUUGGGUUGCUCAUCGUUUUCAAAAGGGCGAUGUUGACAUUGUCCAAGGGCGUUGCUGCAUCUACAACGUGGAGCACUCUUUCCUCACCCGCAUGGUUGCUGCCGAAUUUGACACCAUCUACGGCGUCUUUCACCCAGGCAGAGCCUCGUUGCACGGUUACGGUCUUUUCGGAGGGUCCAACGGACACUGGUCGGCCAGCUUACUGAAGACGCUGAAGAUGGACGGCUCGAUGCUAACCGAAGACAUCGACUCGACUUUGCGAGCGCUGACGUCGCAGGCUCGCGUCGCCUACGAUCUCAAGGUCAUCACCUACGAGCAGGCCCCCAUCACCACCCGAGGCCUACUUCGACAACGACUGCGUUGGGCUCAGGGAUGGACUCAGGUCACCAUUCGCCAUACAAUCCCAGCCUUGAAAUUGGGCGUCCACGGGUCCUUCUGGCGGUCUCGAAUGGGCCUCUUCUUUCUGCUGUCUUUCCGCGAGCUCUACUUCCACCUGGUCCUUCAGCUCUUUUUCCUCAUCGUCUCGUCGUUCAUCACCAACCCUCCGCAUACAUGGGACCAGCUCUACUCUUCGUUCGUCGGUUUCAAGCUGUCCGUUUGGAUGCUGGCGCUCAAUGCUGUGGCGAUCUUCGUCUGCACCUGCAUCACACUUCGGAAUCGUUCUGCCUUCGUCUCGGCCCUCGACAUCGUCGUAUUUGGUUUCUUCUCCCCGAUCUACUUUACCAUCGUCAGCUUCAUGGCAAUCUUUGGCCAUUUCAGACAAUUCGCAGGCUACAGUGUCUGGAACGUCACGGAGCGCAAAAGGAGCAGUGUCUGAAAGGCUUGUCAUUCUUGGCAGGGUGCAAUAUUUACUUAUAGGAAAGAACAAAGCGAACGAGUUUCUUACUUGGAACUGGUCUUACUGUCUGUCCCGACCUGACCGCCCGCUGAGAGAUCUGUUGGGAAGACAAACAGGUCUUCUUGGCGGAAGUAGACAAAGAGCCAGCGAGCGACAAGCACGGACGGGACGUCGACGAG